AUGUCUUACGACCAUCAACAACAUCGAUCGUCACCGCCACCAGCGUAUAGUGAAGCAGCUGCUGGUGGCAUGGAGAAUGAGAUGUACAUUGACGGUACAUUGUACGUCGAUGGAGUACCGGUUAGUCGAGCUGAGCAGCAAGGACGAGGACGUCGAUAUCAAAAUCAAGAUAACCCCUGUGAAAAAGCGCUGUCAUUGAUUCGAAAACUUUGGGCAACGCAACAAACCGAACGUAUCGAUCGCCAUCAACAGAAAGAUAAAUAUGUUCGUACAACCAUUCGAGAACUGAUUGUCUACUUGAUUUUUCUGACAAUUUUAUCAAUUGUUGUGUUCGGAAUGGUCAGCAGUAAUAUGUUUCUAUUGACACAAGCAUUGAAAAGUGUCUUUACUGAUCCACAGUUGACUGAUGAAACGAACAAUAAAACGGGUCCAGCAUUUACCGAUCUCGACCGUAUGGAAGAUUUUUGGCAGUAUAUGACUGAUGUCGCAUCGCCGGGUUUCUAUACAGAACAGUGGUAUAAUACUGAAAAUGUGUCUGAAUAUGGUUAUAUUCUAUUUGAAAAUCGUCUUCUGGGUGCCGUGCAAAUCCGUCAGAAGAAAGUUCGAAAUAACUCAUGUCUCGUUGCUGAUGACUUCAAACAAGAAAUCAAAUUCUGCUACAACUCAUAUGCGCCUGCUUACGAAGACACGGACACGUUCGGGCCAUGUGAAAAUCUCAAUGCAAGCAACUGUACCUAUGAUGCUUUCAAAUAUACGCCAUCAACGUCAUGGUUUGGAUUAAGUACAACUGGUCAAGUUAGUGUCUAUGAUCAGGGUGGUUUCACGAUGACAUUUGGAUCAUCAUCGACAGUAUUUGCCACGGAAAUCGACCAACUAUAUCAAGGACUUUGGAUUCAACGUGGUACUCGAGCUGUUCUUGUCGAUUUCACGAUUUACAAUGCAAACUUGAAUCUCUUCUGUCAAGUUCAAUUACUCUUCGAAUUCCCAGCUGUUGGUGGUUUAAUCACUUCAUCAACCUUUCGUGCUGUGAAAUUGCUUCGUUAUGUUCAAACGUUCGAUUAUUUCGUUCUCGGUUGUGAAAUUCUCUUCGUCAUCUUCAUUAUCUACUACACCAUCGAAGAAAUCUUGGAAAUUCGCAAUUUCAAACUCGCAUAUUUCAAAUCGAUCAUGAACUGUUUGGAUAUCAUCAUCAUUCUUCUCUCGUACGUCUGCAUUGUCUUCAAUAUUUACCGACAAGUUCAAGUUAAUUUAUUACUUGAUGCAUUACUGCAAAAUGAUCAAACUCAAUACAAUGAUUUUUCAUUCUUAUGCUACUGGCAAUAUCAAUUCAAUAUCAUCAUUAGUAUAACAAUCUUCUUGGCUUGGAUUAAAGUGUUUAAAUACAUCAGUUUUAAUAAGACAAUGACACAGUUGAGUGAAACAUUAGCUAAGUGUGCACGAGACAUAUCGGGCUUUGCCAUUAUGUUUUUCAUAAUCUUUUUUGCCUACGCACAACUUGGUUAUUUGACAUUCGGUAUUCAAGUGGAAAGUUUUCGAGCAUUUCAAUAUUCGGUUUAUACGCUAUUCUUGAUUAUUUUGGGUAUCUUCGACUUUCAAUCACUCCAACAAGCUCAUCGUGUUCUCGGACCAUUGUUCUUUUUGACAUAUGUCUUCUUCGUCUUCUUCGUUUUAUUGAACAUGUUCUUGGCUAUCAUCAAUGAUACAUAUGUUGAAGUGAAAGCUGAAUUACGUAACAAGAAGAACGAAUUUGAAAUUAGUGAUUUUGUUAAACAAGGUUAUACCAAGAUGCGUGAACGUUUAACAGUCAAACGUGAUCGAAUUGCUGAUAUUCGUCGUGCACUAGCAUUGGCUGAUCUCAAUCGCGACAAACGUCUUGAAUUCGACGAAUGGCGUACAGAAAUGAAAUCUCGUGGUUAUGCUGAAGAAGAAAUCGAAACUAUUUUUGCUAAAUACGAUUUGAACGGCGAUCGUGUCUUAGAUGAAAACGAGCAACGGGCAUUGAGCAACGAUUUAUUACGACAAAACGAUGCCAUUCUUCGUGAAAUUGAUGAAUUGAACAUGUCAAAGAAAAAUAACAUGCCGGUUGAUAAUGUCGAUGAGGACAAUGAACGUAGCAAAAGCGCCGCUUCUCAACGUUUACAAGCCCAUGAAGUAUCAGUUGAAGAAUACAAUGAAUUGGCUAAACGACUUGAUACCAUGGAAACCUCCGUUGGAUUCGUUUUGACAAAAAUCGACAAUGUCGCUUCAAAAUUAGAUGCGUAUGAAAAACCGAAGAAUAAAACAAACAAGAAAGGUCGUCCAUCGGAUUCGCGAAAUACAACUGAUGAGAUGAAUAUGGAAUCAUUCGAUGAAUAG